UCUGUAGUACAGCAUGCUCUCUGCACGCAUCAGUUAAACUCUCUGCCAAUAACAGAACAGAAAAGUAGUGCUGACAGUCUAUUAGUGCUGGGGCUGUUGCUACACAGCAAUCUGAAGAUGCCGGAAAGCAUUUAUAAAGCAUGCAUCAGACGUGUCCGGCUGCUGAAACUGACUGCACAUUUCCAUUAGCCCUGAUGCACUCUGGUGCUCCAAUUCUUCACACAAACGCAUUUUACACAGAAAAGCCAUCUUUGUCUCUGUUUUGACGUUAUUGAUUUGAAUCGGCUCUACUGUGACGUGUAUGCAAUUUGCUCACCCGCAGGUGCCGUGUGCAGCUCCAGGACAGCAUGGCGGGUGAGCCAGGAGAAAUGGAGACGUCACAGGAGCUCACCACACUUGAUAUGAACAUCAGCCUUUCAAAUGCCUACACGAACAACAGUAAUGCUACCAACCACAGCAGCAUCACCUACUACCCCUACUACCAGCACUCUCUGCCUGUGGCCGCCGCUCUGACUUUGGCUUACCUCUUCAUCUUUCUGCUGUGCAUGGUGGGAAACGGCUUGGUGUGUCUGAUUGUGUUGGAGAAUCGGCGGAUGAGAACAGUCACGAACCUCUUCAUACUUAACCUGGCUGUGAGCGACCUUCUAGUGGGGGUUUUUUGCAUCCCAACAACCCUGGUGGACAACCUCAUCACAGGCUGGCCGUUCACUAACACCGUCUGUAAGAUGAGCGGUCUGGUGCAAGGCAUGUCUGUGUCUGCCUCUGUGUUCACACUGGUGGCCAUCGCAGUGGACAGGUUCCGUUGCAUUGUGUACCCGUUCCAACCCAAACUCACCCUGCUGGUUGCCAAGGUGACCAUAGUGAUGAUCUGGGUGCUUGCUGUAGUGAUCAUGUGCCCGUCGGCUGUGACGUUAACCGUGGAGAGAGUGGAGCAUCACUACAUGGUCCGCGGCGAAGACUACAACCACACAUACCCGCUUUUCUCCUGCUUUGAGAACUGGGCCAAUCCACAGAUGAGGAAGGUCUACACCACUGUCCUGUUUGCACACAUUUACCUCAUCCCCCUCACCUUAAUCACGCUAAUGUAUGGGCGAAUCGGGAUCAAACUCUACACCACGUCUGUGAUCUCAGGGAAUGAUCAGCAUGAUGGAGGACAGCCGCACACGUCCCCUCAGGCCCCUGGAGGCCAGCAGGAAGGUCGGCCCCUCAUUUCUCAGAAGAAGAUCAAAGUUAUUAAGAUGCUGAGCAUCGUGGCCCUGUUAUUCACAAUUUCCUGGCUGCCUCUGUGGACUCUGAUGCUCCUCACGGAUUAUGGAGGUCUAAAUGAAGAUGAGCUAGAACUGCUGAGCGGCUAUGUGUUCCCGUUUGCUCACUGGUUGGCCUUCUCCAAUUCCAGCGUCAAUCCGAUCAUCUAUGGUUACUACAACGAGAACUUCAAGAGGGGUUUUCAGGCGGUCUGCAGGGCACAUUCGUGCUGCUUCGAGGGAAUGACAGCAAGAAGAGGAAUGCGACGGAAAGCAAGAGGAGAAACGAGGGAUCCUGCCGUUAACUCCAAUCCUUUGAAUUUUGGUGCAAGGAACAGGGUUUACACCGACGGCGACCUGAAGAACUCUGGCACGUGUUUGGAGCUGGAGCACAGAAGGACUGGAAGACUUUGUAAUAACUCUGUGUGCUCCAAUGAAACUGGAUCCAGCGUGGGAUCUGGGAUUAAAGGGGUGACGAACCAAAAAGCCUUUCAGAUGGAGGAGGCAGAGAAAAAAAGUCCCAUCAGAGGGAGUAAAAACCAAGCCUGGGAUCAGUAGACGGAUUACAGUCGAGACGUUUGUGAAUCUGUGAAUCUCAAAUCUAAUAGAGUCCAAAUGUCGUAAGCUCUUCAGACAAAAAAAGAGAACGAUUCGCUCUUCACAAUCUGAAUGAACUACUUUUUCUACAUUUUGGGCUCAAAAGCCACAAGCUCUGCUUCAUUUCCUGGAAGGUGCAAACAAGUGCUAUCCUAAAAGGGGAUGAAUUCAAAAUAUGGCACAUUAAAUCAUUCGUUUACAGACAUUUUUCUGUGCCACUGAUAUGGCCCGCAUGGAUAUUAUUUAAAAUGAUCAUCAGAAUUUAAUUGGCAAAGAUCUUAAUUACUGAAAUUCAAGCCAAAAAUAUGAAACAGAUCAAAUAUCAUAUUUAGAUCUGAGGUCAGUGGAUUGUAAUGCAACAUGAAGGCAAAUGAGUGCAUUUAAAGCAUUCAAUGAACAACUAGUCAUGGAUGAUCCCACUUAUAUCAUAGUCAUUUGCUAGCAUUUACACACACACACACACACUGAGAGAGAGAGAUAUAUAAUAUAAUAUAUUUUAGCGACUCAGUAUCAAGCCUUUUCAAAUAAAUGAUCAGUUUCUGUGUCCUCAGUGCAGUCUCUGUUAGUGAUGUGCACGUGUGUCAAUGAAAGCUACACAUCAAUAUGAAAAGGCGAUUAAAAACUACAUGUGCUUUAAAAGGUUUUAAUGUAUACCUUGGAAGAGAUGUGAACAUUUGAAAAGGGCAAUUCACACAUGCCUCUAAUUUAUAUCUAUAUGUUUUAGGUUUGACAUUUAUAAUAAAUGUUUAAUGUUAAAAAAAUUUUAUACUAAUAUUUUUGUUUAUUUUUUUUCUGAUUUAAAUACUAUUAAAUUUAGAGCACUCGCACACUAUUUAUAAACAUAUGAAUUAAUUUAGGGCUACCAUUAGUCUAUUUGACAUUAUAUAUGAAUGAAAUUAAUACAGUGCAAUUAUGUACACAUUUUUGUCUUUUAAAAAUAUAAUUUUGAGCAAGUGCUCAAAAA